AUGCGAUUCUCUACAAGCGCUAUCCUGGUGACCGCACUGGGGUGGAUCACCGCCGCGACCGCACACACCAUCCAACUCAAGGCUCACUCACGAGAGUGCUUCCACGAGGCCCUGCACCGUGACGAUGUGAUGACCGUCACUUUCCAAGUCGGCGAUCGUGAGUUUGGAGGCAGUGGAAACCUCGAAGUUGAUUUCUGGGUUGAGGAUCCUCAGAGAAACCGCCAGUACUUCAAGUCCGCCGUCCCCUCUGAUGAUUAUUCGUUCACUGCGCUUUCCGACGGAAAAUACACCUACUGCUUCAGCAACGAAGGCUGGACCUCGAACUCCAAGGAAGUCUCUUUCAACGUGCACGGAAUUGUCUACGUCCCCGAGUCUGAAAUGUCGAAAGAUCCCCUCGAGACGGAAGGUAGGCGCUGGAAAUGCCGAUACAAGAAGCAAAUGGAUAUUAAUCGGUGUCUAGUUCGCAAACUUUCCGAGGUCCUCUCACAAGUUAAGGAUGAGCAGUCAUACAUUGUUGUGCGCGAGCGUGUGCACCGGAACACCGCAGAGAGCACCAACGGGCGUGUGAAGUGGUGGAGUAUGUUCCAGCUCAUGGUGGUCAUUGCCGAGGGUGUGUUCCAGGUGUGGUGGUUGAAGAGAUUCUUCGAGGUCAAGCGCGUGGUUUAA